AUGCAAAGACCAGAAAAAGACCCAAUAUCACCACACGCCAACCGCCUGGUCGCCUAUAUGAACGGACAUCCUAAUACGAUCCUAGCAUACGCAAAAUAUUUUGGAAAAGAAAUGAAUGCGACGUCUGCUCGCAUGACUGGUAUUGAUUCAACAGGGAUUACUGUUAAAGUUACGAAGGAAGAAGGUGAUGAGGUUGAAAUUAUUAUUCAGUUUAAACAACAAUUGACGAGCCAUGAACAAGUGAGAGGUGUGUUAACCGAAAUGGCUAAAGAGGCUGAAGAUGCGUUAAACUUGCCGAGCACACGUCCACCCAGUCCACCACCAACCACAAACAACAUUCACACGCCAUUCAUCUGGCCGCAUCCAUUGCAUAUCUUUUCUGUCUUAGCAUUUCUGAUUAUAAUAUAUACCCCAGAUUAUCUGACUCCAGAACCGCUCCUCCUCCUUCACGAGCACACUAACAAUUUAUUGCGUUCGGUUCAAUGGCCGGUCUUCUUCCUCCAUCUAUUUGGGACAUCGACCGUCGUUUGGAUUUUGGCCAAGAAAGGGGAAUCAGAUUUAAAAACUUGGUUUAUGUGGGUUGGUUUCACAAUGUUGCUUGGUGGUAGUGUUGCUAAAAAUCUUUGGAUUGAGAAGGAGAAAAACGAAUGA